AUGAUUGGAAGAAGGGAUUUCUUUUUUAUUAUUUUUUCUGCUUUUUCUCUUACUUCCUUUUCAUCUUCCUUUUCUUUUUUCCUUUUUCUUCCACUUCGGUUAUUUUAUUUGGUGUUUUCUCCUUGUUCUUUCGUUACUUCUUGUCAUCAAUAUACUUCGUCUUUCUCCGCCAGAAUCCUUUUGCACCAACAGACUUUCUUCUUCUUCUUCUUCUUCUUCUUCUUCUUCUUCUUCUUCUUCUUCUUCUUCUCUUUUUUUUACUCAUCUUCGUUUGUUUUCUAUUGUUUGCUUCUAAUUCGUUUAUUCUGCUUCUUCUUCUUUCUUUUUCAUUUCUUUCCUUCUUUCUUUUUCGACGUCAAUCUUUCUUUGCAGUUGUCGUCUUUUUUCUUCUUUUGCCCUUCCUCUUCCACUUUCAGGUGUCUUCUUCAACGUCUUUCUUUGUUUCUUUUUUCUUUGAAUUUUCUUUUCUUACGGGAAGUGCUCCUUUCUUUUGGUAAUGUUCUGCUUUUAAAAAAUCUUUUACUCUUCUUUUCUCGCAUUUUCAUUCGAAGAUUUUUCUUUUUUAACCUUUAUUUUCAUUCUUAUUUUUUCCUUCUUUCUUCCUUUUUUCUUUCUCUUUCCCGUCUCUCCACCCCUUUCUAUUCAUUCUUCCUCUUCGUAAUCUAUCUCUCCCUUUCUUUUCUUCUUAAACGCUUCCUUUCAUUUUCUUCGUCCUCUUCUGAAAAUCCUUCAAUUCAUUCUUCUUCUUAA